AUGGAAACAUGGGGUAAAGUUGUAAUCGCCAUUGUUAUAGCUGUCAUUGUGAGAUGGGGAUGGAAAUUACUCAACUGGGUAUGGUUGAACCCAAAGAAGCUAGAGAAGUGGCUGAGAGAUGAAGGGUAUAAAGGGAAUUCSUAUAAYCUGCUAAYRGGUGACMUKAAASAGWUUGCAACAAUGGUGAAUGAAGCUAGAUCAAAACCACUUCCAAUCACCCAUGAUAUAACUUCAUAUAUUCUUCCCUUUGAUCAUCAUAUCAUCACCAAAUAUGGUAAAAAAUCAUUUUUCUGGUUGGGGCCAAACCCAAGGAUGUACAUCUGGGAUCUAGACCUCAUCAARGAGAUAUUAUCAAAACCCGAUGAGUUUCAGAAGCCUCAUCCUGAGCCAUUUCGAGAUAGCAUCAUCGGCGGAGUUCUGGUUUCCGAGGGUCACAAAUGGAUCAAACAUCGCAAAAUAAUUAAUCCCGCUUUUCAUCUUCAAAAUCUCAAGAUCAUGUUCCCUGCUAUCUGCUCGAGUUGUAAUGAUAUGGUCCACAAAUGGGAGACUCUAAUUGCCGCAAAGGGUCCCACCGAGGUGGAUGUAUGGCCGUAUAUCGAUAAUUUAGCCGGUGAYGUGAUUUCACGAACGGCAUUUGGCAGCUGCUACGAAGAAGGAAAGAARAUAUUCAGAAUCCAGAAGGAACAAAUGGAUCUUGUAUUCCAAAUGCUGUUUAUACUUUUUCUUCCUGGCAGGAGGUUUAUACCCACCACCACAAACAAAAAGUUUAACGAAAACCGCAAAGCGCUUCGAUCGAUGCUGAAGGGUAUCAUCRACAAGAGGAAGAAAGMAAUCGAGAUGGGAUCAGAAGGUGGCUGUGAAGACUUACUCGGAAUUUUACUCGAAUCAAAUUCGAAAGAGAUCGAAGAAGAUGGAGUUGGAAUGRGUAUGGAYGAUGUGAUCGAAGAAUGCAAGCUAUUUUACAUCGCUGGAUCCGAAACAACCUCCAAUUUGAUSGUUUGGACUAUGGUCUGUUUGAGUUUGCAUCAAGAAUGGCAARUCCAAGCUCGACAAGAAAUCUUGGAAUWUUUCGGUACCRGAAAACUUGAUUUUGAAGGUMUGAAACACCUCAAGAUUUUAACAAUGAUACUAAAUGAGGUUCUCAGAUUAUACCCACCGGYAGUCAUKGYUGUACGGGCUACAACCAAGGAUACGAAGCUGGGAAACAUGACGAUACCAUCGGGUGUGCACUUAACUUUACCUAUUAUGCWUAUACAUCAYGAUCGUGAAAUAUGGGGUGAAGAUGCAGCCGAGUUCAAACCCGAAAGGUUCUCAGAAGGAGUUUCGAAUGCAACAAAGGGCAAAGGGUCAGGUUGUUUUUUUCCGUUCACUAGCGGUCCUCGUGUUUGCAUUGGACAAAACUUUGCGAUGACGGAAGCAAAAGCAGCAAUAGCAACAAUUCUACAACGGUUCUCGUGUGAGCUUUCUGCAUCCUACAAACAUUCUCCUUUCCCUGUGUUCACUCUUCCACCCCAGUUUGGUGCUCACUUGAUUCUAAGUAGAAUCUCAUAAUUUGCAUUUCAUAGCAAUUUCUUCAAAUACAUGGUGUAUCCAAAGGUGAAAAGCUGUUUUAUUAUUUAAUAACUUAGUUGUCUAUCCGUGCAAUCGGCUAAAACUCUA